AUGUCUUCCAGGAAUUUCUUUACUCUGAAAGCCGGCCUCGGCGCCCUUUCCACAUUUUGUGCGCUUUUCCAAACAGCGCAAGGCGUUUCGCUUCAGGUCAAUAAAAAUGGAGGAAAUGCCUCCAGUCCUCUGAUGUAUGGCUUCAUGUUUGAAGACAUCAAUCAUUCUGGCGAUGGGGGUAUAUACGGCCAAAUGCUCCAAAAUAAUGGGCUGCAAAGCACUACGCCAAACCUUACUGCAUGGGGCUCUGUUGGCGAUUCUACAAUUGCCAUUGACUAUGACAAUCCUCUUACCACUGCGAUUCCCCACACUCUGCGUCUAGAUGUUGCCAAAGAUACCACCGGGACUGUAGGCGUGACUAACGCCGGGUACUGGGGAAUUCCAGUAGAUGGUAGCGAGCACCAGACUUACUUUUGGAUCAAGGGUGAUUUGUCAGGCAAUAUCACCGCGAGUCUGGUCGGCAAUGGUACUGAUACAGUUUAUGGAUCAAUUUCGAUUCCUAUUACUUCUACCAGUGACAAAUUCACGUAUGUUGAUGCUUCUUUGUCAACAUCGAAGGCUCCUGAUGGAGAUGUCUAUUUUCAAUUGUCUUUGGAUGGCUCAGAGGUGGCGGGCAGUUCACUUUACUUCGGUCUUGUUCAGUUAUUCCCUACAACUUACAAGAAAAGAUACAACGGACUACAACCUCGCAUCGCUGAUGUGCUGGAAGCCGUAGGGGCAUCUUUCCUGCGAUUCCCCGGUGGCAAUAAUAUCGAGGGUGAGUAUCUUGACAAUCGCUGGAAGUGGAACGAGACUAUUGGCCCAGUUCAAGAUCGUCCUGGUCGUUGGGGUACUUGGGGCUAUUACAACACAGACGGCCUUGGCCUCGACGAGUAUUUUUACUGGUGCGAAGAUAUGGGUCUCGCACCUUUGUUGGCUAUCUGGGAUGGAUUUGCCUUGGAGUCUGGCGCUGGUACCCCUGUGACUGGAGAUGACUUGACUCCUUAUGUGAAUGAUGCUCUGAAUGAGCUCGAGUAUGUCCUAGGUGGCUCAAGCACAACAUAUGGAUCAAUGCGAGCAGCCAAUGGGCGUACCGACCCAUGGAACGUCACCAUGGUUGAAAUUGGCAAUGAAGACCACCUAGGGGGUGGAUGUGCUACCUACGCCGAAAGGUUCACGGCGUUCUAUGAUGCUAUUCACGCCAAGUAUCCCCAUUUGAUCUUGAUUGCCAGUACCAAUGAAGUCUCUUGUCUUCCGACUACCAUGCCGACCGGGGCUAUGGUCGAUUACCAUGACUACAACACACCAGAUGGGCUUGUCAAUCAGUUCGACUAUUUUGAUAAUAUUGACCGAAACGUUUCCUACCUCGUCGGAGAGUAUGCGCAAAACAACGUCGACUAUCCAAUUAUGCAGGGCUCUGUGGGAGAGGCCAUUUUCAUGAUCGGUAUGGAGCGUAACAGUGACCUGAUCAAAAUGGCUUCCUACGCGCCUCUUUUGCAACUCGUCAACUCGACACAGUGGACGCCGAACUUGAUUCCAUUCACCCAGAGCCCCGACGACGUCAUUGAAACCACAAGCUACUACGUGCAGCAAAUGUUUUCGGUGAAUCUAGGCGAUACUGUCAAGGAAGUGAGCAGUGACUCCGCCUUUGGGCCUGUUUACUGGGUCGCAUCUAGUGGAAGCGACUCGAAGUACUAUGUCAAACUGGCCAAUUAUGGUAGUGACACUCAAGACUUGAGUGUUACGAUUGAUGGACUGACAACUGCAAAACUUACUGUUGUCGGUGAUGAUGAUCCGAACGCUGCAAAUACGCCAGACGGUACCCCUGUCGUGCCCGUCCAUUCUGAUCUCAAGAGCUCUAAUGGCACUUUCACUUUUACUAUACCUGCUUGGUCGGUCGCUGUACUGGCUGCUAGCUAG